GUGUUUGAAUACCAAAUUUGUAUGUAAAUGUUUAAGUAGUUAAAAUUUUGUUUUAGGUUUUUAAUUACAAUGAGCUCGUCAAAUUGUGCAUCGCCCAUUGCUUUAAUUUGACGACGAAUGGUGCAAGUCAAAGAUGCAACAUGCACGAAAAAACUGGAGAAGCGUUGGAUGAAUACACUUCGUCUUGUCCUGACUGCCUAACAUUAAACUUCAACUCUGCCCAGGCUAAAACCAUGAAAUCACUUAAUUCUGCAGUGGCAGGCACUUUCAAAAAGAUGUGCAACAAAACCAUUUAUUACGGAACAGCUCUUCCGGUCGACUUUGAGAAAGUGGCUUACUCUUGCAAUUUGCUGAUCAGACCAAGCACUCAGUGGGUCCCUGAAACCCCGGACGAGAUUAAAUGCGUCAUCCUGAAUCUGCCGGAAGAAUAUCGUAAAGCAUCAGCUUAUUUGUGGGUGAUCGCGCAGAGAAACUACUGCAGGAAGAAAUUUUCGUUCUGCGGUUUGCCGAAUGACAGAUACGUUGCUCUCAAUUCGAGUCUUCUUCCUUGGAACCAAAACAACGCCACUAGCGACAGCACGUCCGCUAAAAACUUCAAGUGCGUCAGAAUUAAUUACAAAUUGGCAAACAAAACUGAGUUCCAAAGUUUGCAAUUUCAAGAAGUUAGUUGCAAGUCUACAGCGCUCGGCGUUUGCCAAAUAAUUAAUUAAUCGUCAAUCUGAGGUGCGGUUUCUAUGUUUCUACCUACAAUUGAUUUAUUUGAUGACUUGAGAAUCUGGUUUUUUGAUGUGGAUGAUGUGGACCUUUUAUUGUUAAAAUCAGCUUGCAGAUUCAAACAAUUUGCAACUUCUCUCAAUGAUUGAUUGUACUUGCAAAAGAUUUACUCAUAGUCAGCAUUCACUUUUGUUAAUAAUUAAUUGAAUGGUUCAUUUUUUGUAUGAGUGCUUAUGUGUAAUUAGUUGGAGUUUCGUCGGAAUGUAAUUACGUUAUUUUAUGUACUACCUUACUAAGAAACAAAUAUAAUGAA